AUGAAUUUUAAUAAUUGGUUAUAUUACUUAAGGAGUAAAGACUAUGAAAAAUUCUCUCAAGAUCACAAGAACAAAUAUGAUAUUGUUGUAAAAGUUGACUCUUUGCUAGACCUUAAAAGUGGAUGGAGUGUGACCUAUCCGUUGCUGGACGAGUUUAAAAAAUGUAAUGAUUGGAGCAAUAGUGUGUUUGCAAACAUAAUUAAACCAAACGAAGAUCAGAAAUUAAUGGAAAACGCUGCAUUCUUCAAAGCCAAAGAGGAUAUCGUAUCCAAGAAAAGAUCGGUUGUUUCCAUUCUUGGUCUAUAUAAUCGUGGUAAGAGUUAUAUCUUGGCACGAAUCUUUGGUUUGGAUUUAUCCAGCAGCUACUUUGCCCACACAGAAGGACUGUCCAUUGUUACAUCAAGAGCCAGCAUUACCGAUGUACUUAUUGGAUUGGAUACCAAAGGUUCCCAGAAACCAGUGCCGAAAGGAGAUGACUUCAAGAUCAAAGAUGCCGAGGCCACAGAGAGAUUUUUGCAAUCGCUGUCUCUCAGCAUGUCAGAUAUAGUUUUAAUCGUUGUCAAUCGUCUGACUCGUGACGACCAAUCCUAUAUCAAACAAGUUAAACAAAGAUUCAACAAGAAGAGCAUCAUCAUUGUUCACAAUCUCUCUCAUGUCAAUACUAUCAAAGAACUUGACGGUGUAAUAAACGAGGAACUUAUCAAAUGUUUUGAGUGUACAGAGCACAAAAUUUUAGAUCAGUCAAAAUACUGGACCUCUUUAGACGGCACUAGACAUGUAGUUAUGGCAAAAGACGAAAUGGUAAAGGACCCCCAAACCCAACAUCUCAAAAAGGCAGAGAACGCUGGAUUAACAUACAAUAAACUUACCAUCGAGCUGCUUCGUUCCUGGUUAACUUCAAGUGCAUCCACCAAUCAUGCACACUCUGAUUUGAUUGUUGACAUUGUCGACUACACAAAGAAAGUGAUCGGAAGCUACUUGGAGAUAAAAUCGGACAAAUUCAAAACCUCCAUUACUCCACUUCCUCUUUCUAACAAAGAGGACUGUGGAUCGGCCAAGUCUACACCCUCAUCAUCUCCAAAUCUUCAAUCAAGCAAAGACAUUAUCAACAACAACAAUAAUAAUGAUAAUAAUAAUUUCAAAAGCGAUAGUCAAGAUAGUCCACUUACAAAUAUUAAACUAGUUAGUGACGAAAAUAGUGGAAUCAUUAGGUUUGAUCCACCUAUCAAUGAAGAACUUAAGUAUGCAGAUAUAAGAUUCAACAUGGUCGGUAUAAUCUCAGAGAUAAAUAGCACUACUAACGCCAGAGUCGAAGAGGAUGGCAACCAUUACUACGUUUCCCUGGAUUGCACUGGCUUUUUGCAAAAUGACAUCAAUUUCCAUUUCGAAAACACUGAUGGAGGAUCAAAGAUCAAAGUUACUACAAACAAAAUGAGAGAGUUCCAAAGCAAAGGUAAUGAGAUCCACAACGACUUUAACAAGCAACUCAUUCGUCCUCUAGAGUGGUCCUAUAUAUUCCCUUCCCCUAUCAAACAAAGAACUAAAAACGAUUUGAAAGGUUGUGUGAAAUUGGAACAUGGUAUCUUGGAGAUAAAACUUACCAAAUAUAAAACCGAGGAUGAAGGAGAUGAUGUUGAUAUUUUUGCAUAA